GCAGCUCAGUGCCAGCCGGGGAGGGUCGAGCCCUGAGCGGGGACUGAACGCAGGGUGUGAGAGGGUGGGCGAGGGGAGCGAACCGGCGACGGGCGGACAGGCUGCAUCAGGAUGUUCAGCUGGAUGGGGCGGCAGGCUGGCGGGCGCGAGCGCGCGGGCGGCGCGGACGCAGUGCAGACGGUGACUGGGGGCCUGCGCUCGCUCUACCUGCGCAAGGUGCUGCCGCUGGAGGAGGCGUACCGCUUCCACGAGUUCCACUCGCCAGCGCUGGAGGACGCCGACUUCGAUAACAAGCCCAUGAUCCUGCUGGUGGGCCAGUACAGCACGGGCAAGACCACCUUCAUCAGAUACUUACUGGAGCAAGAUUUCCCAGGCAUGAGGAUUGGCCCAGAGCCCACCACCGAUUCCUUCAUCGCUGUGAUGUACGGGGAGACUGAGGGCAGCACCCCAGGCAACGCUUUAGUCGUGGACCCCAAAAAGCCCUUCCGAAAGCUUAGUCGCUUUGGAAAUGCUUUCCUGAAUCGAUUCAUGUGCUCCCAGCUGCCCAAUCAGGUCCUGAAGAGCAUCAGCAUCAUCGACAGUCCCGGCAUCCUGUCUGGGGAGAAGCAGCGCAUCAGCCGAGGCUAUGACUUCUGCCAGGUCCUACAGUGGUUUGCAGAGCGAGUCGACAGGAUCAUCCUGCUGUUCGAUGCUCAUAAACUGGACAUCUCAGACGAGUUCUCGGAGGCCAUCAAGGCCUUCCGCGGCCAAGAUGACAAGAUCCGCGUGGUACUGAACAAGGCCGACCAAGUGGACACGCAGCAGCUGAUGCGCGUCUACGGGGCCCUCAUGUGGUCCCUGGGCAAGGUCAUCAACACACCCGAGGUCCUUCGAGUCUACAUCGGCUCUUUCUGGGCACAGCCCCUACAGAACACUGAUAACCGCCGGCUCUUCGAGGCCGAGGCCCAGGACCUCUUCAGAGACAUCCAGAGCCUUCCGCAGAAGGCGGCCGUGCGCAAACUCAACGACCUCAUCAAGCGAGCGAGGCUGGCCAAGGUACAUGCCUACAUCAUCAGCCAUCUGAAGAAGGAAAUGCCAAGUGUAUUCGGAAAGGAAAACAAGAAGAGAGAGCUUAUCAGCAGAUUGCCAGAAAUCUACCUUCAGCUGCAGCGAGAAUACCAGAUUUCUGCCGGGGACUUCCCAGAGGUCAAGGCAAUGCAGGAACAGCUCGAGAACUACGACUUCACCAAAUUCCACUCGCUGAAGCCCAAGCUGAUCGAGGCAGUGGACAACAUGUUGAGCAGCAAGAUCUCGUCCCUGAUGCACCUCAUCAGCCAGGAGGAGAUGAGCAUGCCCACGCAGCUCGUGCAGGGCGGCGCCUUCGACGGCACCACCGAGGGCCCCUUCAACCAGGGCUACGGGGAGGGUGCCAAGGAGGGUGCCGAUGAGGAGGAAUGGGUGGUGGCCAAAGACAAGCCCGUCUACGACGAGCUCUUCUAUACCCUGUCGCCUGUCAAUGGCAAGAUAUCGGGUGUCAACGCCAAGAAGGAGAUGGUGACAUCCAAGCUGCCCAACAGCGUCCUGGGCAAGAUCUGGAAGCUGGCGGACUGUGACUGUGACGGCAUGCUGGACGAGGAGGAGUUCGCACUGGCCAAGCACCUCAUCAAGAUCAAGCUCGACGGCUACGAGCUGCCCAACAGCCUGCCCCCCCACCUUGUGCCCCCCUCCCACAGGAAGUCCCUGCCGAAGGCCGACUGAGGGGUGGGCCGCUCACAGGGCAGGCAGCGGGGGGGUAGGCAUCAGGGACCUGUGCCUGAGGCCCGUGCCACUGCUGACUCACUGACCCUAGCCAAGGCACUGCCCUCUCUGUGCCUCAGUUUCCCCACCUAUGGAAUGAGGAGGGCACACACUGGACACUAGAUGAGGUUCUUUCACCUUUAAAAUUCCCCGAGUUUCUAUUAAAAUAUUGGGAGGAGGGUGUGGAUAAGGAGAUUGAAGGGUUAAGAAAAAAGAGAAAUUGACCAAAGAGUACUCCGAGGCCUGGAGAGACCUAGAUGUGGAAGCGGGCUGUGCACAGCCAGACAGCCACAGGGAGUGAGCCGGGGGCUUUUCUGGAGCAGGGGGAGCCUUCCACACUGGACCACAUCAUUGUGCACCUGCCUUGGCCCCUGUCUGUCCCUUAGAGGGCACCCAGAAGGAGCAAAGUUGAUCUUAUUUAUUUCAUUUCCUGUUGUAUUGAGAGUGGAAAACAGCAGAGCACAGAGCGUUUCUGCUCUCUCCAGACCGCCUACCAAAGAGAAGACUGCUUCCCCUGGGUGUGAAAGGAGAGUCCCCUUUGCCUGUGUGCACCCCUGUCCCUCCUGCAGGCUCUAGCAGCACAGGCAACCAGGCCAGCAGAGAGCAUUUGUGACACCCGACACCCCCCUGACUAGCCCACCCAGAGCUCCCCCAACCUGGGCCCUUCCCAGCAAAAUUGCAUUUGGUUAGGAAUUUGGAAAUCAGAACCUUUAUUAGCCCUUGGCAAGAUUUCUAGUAUUCAAAUCAUGCUGGAGUCUGAAGGUUGGUUUUUCUUACUGGUCUGUCCAGUAAUUUGUAGCAAAGUCUAUUUAUAUCAUAUUCAAACUAUAGUAAAGGAAUGAGGUGGUUCUCUGUAGUCAUCAGUUAGUGUGGUGACAGGUCCCCAAGGCCCCUUGGACGAUGGCAGGAUUUAAAUUCAGCAAAACCAUGUCUUGGUGCCUGCCGCGUGCUCGGUCUGGGGACACAAGGGAACGAGAGGUGAGCUUGCCCCAGGGUGUCAGGUAGAAAAGGUCAUUCUCUAGCUUUAGACGCUAUUUUUAUAAAAAAAAAAAAAAAAAAAGAAAAAAAAAGAAAUAGGCAUCUUUAUUAUGUCCAGUUUUUCUUUCUUACAGGAAAAGCCUUUAUACAAAUAGGAUGGCAUCUUUCAUAUGAAACCUUUUUCUUUAAAAGGCUGUGAGGUUCAAACCAUGCAUGCCCCUCACAAGGCAGGAUUGGGGCACAUCCCGCACGUGGGUUCCUGAGUGUUCUGUCUGAGUCCUGGUAUAAACCUCUCUGGUCCACACACUCAACUGCCUGUCAGAUGGAAGUGGUUAAUGCUCACUACCACCUUCCCUCCUUCGUGGGCUGCAGUUUGGGUAUUCAUUUCAUCAAUAUUUAUGCAACUAAAAAAAGAGAGGCACAAAAUGGUGAUGGCUGCACGGCAUGGGGCCCCACCAGCACCGAAGUGAAGUGAAGUCAGAACAGUCCCGCCUGAGCCUUCCAAAAACCACAUUUUUUUUU